AUAAUUAAAUCAAACGACCUCGCCAUGCAAAACGGGUGUCGGCAUCGCAAUCUGGCUGAGUUUACGAAAAUCGGUCUGAUCCACAGCCCUUCCGGUCGACUGCUGACCUCGGAGACGUUCCAGGGCUCACUCAACGUCUCUGGUGUUUCGCUGAAGCGCAAGCAAGUUUGGACGCUCUACACACAACCCGACAAACCAGACGCCUUCUUGCUGCAAAAUCAUCUGGGCAACUUUCUGAGUGCUGAUAACAACGGCAACGUAACCCUUGUUACCACUGAACCGGGUUGCGAAGAGCGCUUUCUCAUCCACUUUGAUCCGAAUGCUUCGGGUGAAAUUGCUCUCCAGUCAGAAAAACACGGCUUCUACCUCCAGUGGACUGGUACGGAGAUGCGCUGUUUUUCCAAGGAGCCGGUUUGGUGGGGAAUGCGACUUGCUAUGCAUCCGCAGAUUCACCUCCGCAGCGUUCACCGUUCGUGCUUCAUUCGUAGCGCCAAGAAGGACAGUGAACUGCGCGCCGUGACAAAGAUGCCCUGUAGUCCCAAGUUCCUCAUCUGGCUGCAACAGCUUCCACUGCCGUCGGCCCGCGGCCUUGCGGCGCCCGCGUGCACCAAGCAGGACGUCGCCCGUCUUUCGCGUGUCGCCCUGCGCACCCAGUCCGGGCGCUUCCUCUGCGCCAACGGCUCCCUCACGGACAGCAUCGACAAGGCCACGCUCUUUUCUGUUAGCUUCAAGCCGAAUGCGUCGCAAGUGGUUCUGUUCCAGGACGAGAAUGGCGAUUACUUGACUGUCGGUGGAGGCGGUGUUCUCAAGGUCAAAGUGGGUUCAAAAGAACCCCGCAGGGAGGAGUUCUUUUCAAUCGAAACUCCCUCAAUCCACGUCCGUCUGUGGGCAUUCAACAACAAGUUCGCUUGCAAUAAGCAUGGUUUGACCUUCUCCACCACCAUGGAGGAGACGGAGGACCACAAGAGCACAAUUUACCAGCUGGAGUACGUGGGCGGCCGCGGCCUCGACACGAGCGCCAUCGCGAACGCCACCACAACGCCCGCGGCCGACGGCGCCGCCCUCACCUUCCCUUUCGACGGAUCCGAGGACGCGGCGACGUACAUCACGUCGGGGCUGUGGCGUCUCCGCUCACAGGACGGUCGUCUGUGGCAGCUUCCGCCAACGGGCUGCGCGCAGCUCGCACCUAAGGACUGCACCGAGCACACCACCUUCGAUAUUCUCUACGUGUCGAGCUACGAAGAGCAGGCGGCUGGGGAGGGAAAACCGCACCGCAACAACGCCGGGGGCAUCGUUCUGCGCACCCCCGAAGGCAUGCCGGUGUGCGCGAAGACGCUGGGCGCCAUUGGCGUGAGUGAGCGGCCCAUUGACGCGGCGUGGAAACCCGUGCCUGCGGAGGUGCUGCACAUGGUCACCCUGGUGAACCGCACCUCCAUCGCCUGCUACUCCAUCCUGGCCUGCGGCUUUUUGGCUCCGGCCAUUGGACGCAGGACCGGUGGCGAAUGUGGUGCCGACUGUGCCAACACCAACCCCGAGCAGUGGUUCCUUCGUCAUCUCGUUGCGGGAACCGUCCAGCUGUUCGCAAAGCAAAAUGAACGUUGGUUCAUCUUAAACGCCACGAGCCAGGGCAACGUGACACUGGUGCCGAGCACGACAGGACCCGAGGAGGGAGGCGCGGGCGGAGACAACGCCGGCACGGAGUUCGCCAUUUGCAUGGCCUGCGACAAACACGCCCUGUUUCGCUCCGUCCUUCCGCUGGGCGGUCACACGCAGCCGGGCUUCUUGUGCGCGAACCUUCAGGGCGGCGUCAAGGUGGACGUCUCCGGCACCAUCACCCCGGGCUGCAUCUGGCACAUCUGA